AUGGCCCCAGUUCGAUUUGGAUACCUUUCACGUGAAUAUGCCGACAGGCACAUGGGUGCCUUCCGUGUUAGCAAACCUCCUCAGCUGGAACGCGUCUCACUGGCACCCCAUCAAGGCAAUCACUGCUUCGCCCUAAUUGGCAAACGCGCCGAUAUCAUGAAAUGGUUGUCAGAAGAACACCCGGACAUGCUUCUUGAAGUCACCGAGACCCUGUCCUGGAAAAAGGAUACCACGUAUUCUGGUGUCAUCAAAGUCACUGUCCAGUCCGUUCAUGUUGGCCUCCGAUUCUUCUACCUCAUGUUCGGUAAGAAAUUGACAAGCAAAUUGCUAGUCGAGUUCUCCCCGUGGGAUGGCAAAUCUAAGCCAGGCGAGCCCAUGCCCUUGGACAGAGACGACAUUGACGAUAUCCCCCUGAGCGGCGAAUCGAUUCUGAUCAGGUCCAAUUCAACCAUGACUCAAGUCGCCGAGAAACUGCGUACGAAGCGCAAGGUCAUGGACGAGGCUGGUGGUGUCAAAGUCAUGGGUCUCCGCUUAGAGCGCGCCUCGACAUUUUCGUCCGUCCACCGAACAAAGUCUCAACACAGCGUUCCAGACAGUCCCACAGCCGAAGACAAGGGAUCCAAGAACAGGAGGUUCUCGUCUUUUUCGUUUUCGAAACGCUUCAGUGGCGCCAACGCUGCUGCCGCGUAA